CAAUAUUAUGCCCCGUUUGGUAUAUAGAAUUCAAACUAUGAAAUUAGAAUUGAAGACUUCAAUUCUAAUUCUGUUGAACGACAAUAUUGGACAUUUGGACUCUAAUGGAGAAUUUGACCCAUUACCGUUGCUCCUUCUCCGCUUCUCGGCGGCGGUUGAGACGCACAGAUUUGGAAACAGCGAUAUAGGAGACUCUAACCGAGGGCUAAGUGGAAGAAGAAGCGCACGAGGAGAUUGAAGAGGAAGCGCCGAAAGAUGAGACAGAGUAAUGGCAGCAUUUUGACAAUCGGU